AUGGCCGAAGUCAUGGCUGCACCUAUACACUCUCUGGACGGAUACUACUCAUCGUCACCUCGAUGUGGUUCUCCACAACCCUCAUACCACAGUGUGCCCUCCUACGGUACUUCACUGCCUCGCUCGCAGUACCACAGUCACUACGACACCAGCAAACUGUCACCACCACCAUCUUCAAUCGCGUCGUCCUCGCCACCGCUCUCGAGCGUCUCGUACUCUCCAAGCUCUUCCGUCACUUCGUCAGUUGCAAGCAGCAUUUGUUUGGAUACCACCACUUCGUUUAUAGAUAUUGAUGAUCAACUUUUAUUCCCGGUCUACGAUCAAGGAACUGGCUCCUUGUCUCCAGAGUCGGAAACGCUUUCUUCGCCAAGUAUCAGUGAUUACCCCACACCGACAACGACGCCCCUCGGCCAUCCAUUGGUUGCUGAGCCCCCGCACGUGGCUGUGGUGCCUGCCGAUGACAGCGUUGUCAGGCAUGAGCCAUCACGUCAUGUCGACUACCUGUCUCACGAUUGGAAGGAGGAGGACAUCUGGGCGUCGUGGAGGUACAUGGUGGGCAAGAGAAAGGUGUAUAGCAAUGCCGCCCGGUUAGAGAAUGCUUCAUGGAGGACUUGGGCAAAAUCGAAAUUCAAGUUGAGAACGGUGUCACCAGAGACUUUGAAUUGGCUCAAGGAUUGCGAUGUCACAUGGCUGUAUGGACCUCUAUCUACUGGAAAUCAGAAAUCUUCGCUGCUGGUUGAUCCGCCUUCACCAACUGCUUCACCAACAGAAUCACGAUUAAGGACAUCAGGGUCUUUCUUGGUGAAGAAACCUAUUUUGAAGAAAAGAAGCAUGUCUGAGGUGAUGUUGCAAAGAUCUUUGUCAAACUCGAGUCUGCUCAAACAGGCCGCGGCUGCAAUUGAAUCACAGCAAUCGGGAUUAAGUCGGCCCGCUAUGGUCUCACGUGCAAACUCCGAUUUUUCGACAUAUUUCCAGGACUCUAAGAGUACUAGCGCCAUCAGCACUAAGGAGCUUCCUUCAGCACUUUCAACCGGUUCCCAGUCACCUUCAUGUGCAAAGCAUAUUCACUUUAACGACCAGGUGCAGCAGUGUAUUGCCGUUGACAAGGAUGAGGAGGAUGAAGAUGAGGACGAUGCCUUUGAGGUGGAGAACAUUGAGGACAGUUCGUCCGAUGAGGAUGGUUUGAUUAUGAUGCCGAAAAAGGGAUCAAACAAACUGAAUUCAAGAGGAAGCAUCAGCGAUCACCAGACGAUCGCCAUGCUGCCAUCCACAACACUCAAAGCUGUUGAGGAAGUUGUAGAGGUCAAGAAGAGCGAUACUUUUAGCAACAUUGGCAGCUUCUUCUCAUCAUUUGGAGCUAGUUCAACGGAGGCCAAGGCAACGGAUAAAUCAGAAGGCUUGGCUGUAGUCGGUACAAAGUCAUACAUCUUGGAAGACGACGACGAGGAUAUGGCAGAACUUGAUUGGGAGCCAAGUCACUCUUCGUUUGCCACUCGAAGAGAUAGUGUGGCAGUUACGCAAGACCGCUUUGGAUCUCGAGGUUUUGGGGCCAGCACAGCUGCUGUAGAGGAUGAGGACUUUGAACUACCAAACUACACGCACGACGAGGAUGAGGAUGAUGAAACGGCAGCAGGUCUUUUUGGACGAGCUGUUGAUGCAGUCAAUACUGCUAGGGACAUUGCGCAUGUGCUUUGGAACGUUGGUUGGAGUAGAUGA